AUGGCAAACACCACCCUCCCCUGCCCUUACCUCCUCAUACCCAUAAUCGUUUUUCUCUCACUCAUCUACUUCCUCUCCUCCAAAUCCCGGCCGGUCUACCUCAUAGACUUCUCGUGCUACAAGCCUCCAGCUCAUCUCCGGGUCUCGAUUGCCACAUUCAUCGAGCAUUUCAACAUAUGCAGCCACGUCUCGAGGGAUGGCAUCGACUUCCUGACCAAAGUGAUCGAGCGGUCGGGCAUCGGCCCACAGACCUGCUUGCCCCUCGCAGUGCACCACAUCCCACCAUAUAAUUCCCUUUCCCACACAAAACUCGAAGUCGAAACAGUACUUUUCACCGUAGUCAAAGCCCUCAUCGAAAAACACAAACUGAACCCAAAAGACAUUGAUAUCCUAGUUUCAAACUGCAGCAUUUUCUGCCCGACUCCCUCCAUCACGUCCAUGCUAAUAAACGAGUUUGGAUUUCGAGAGGACGUGAAAAGCACGAGCCUCAGCGGCAUGGGCUGCAGUGCGGGCCUCGUGGCAGUCGGGCUGGCCAGGGACCUCCUGAGGGCGGCCGGGAAGGACGCUCGUGCGCUCGUCCUCAGCAUGGAGGCCGUGACCUCCAGCGGGUAUCCAGGCAACGUCAAGUCGAUGCUCCUGGCGAACGUGCUGUUCCGAAUGGGAGGUGCAGCCAUUCUACUGUCCAACAGGAGAGGAGAUCGGGCCCGGGCCAAGUACCGACUAAAACACCUGAUCAGGACCCACAUGGGCUCGGACGACGAGUCCUACGGGUCGGUUUUCCAGAAAACGGACGAUGCUGGGGAAACCGGGGUCUCGCUGUCCAAAUCCCUUCUAAGAGUUGCGGGAAAUGCACUGAGAGCGAAUAUAACAGAACUGGGCCCGCGCUGCUUGCCGGUUUCUGAGCAGCUAAUCUAUGCUUGGUUAGUCUUCAGUAGCAAAAUUCGAAAAUACUGUAGUAAUAAUAAUGAUGAUGGUGAUAAGAGAGAGGUGUAUGCACCGGAUUUCAAGAAAGCCUUCGAGCAUUUCUGCAUACACGCGGGAGGACGAGCAGUGAUUGAUGCAGUCGAGGGGCGGCUGAGGCUGAAGGAUGAGGAUGUAGAGGCUUCGAGGAUGACACUGUAUAGAUUUGGAAAUACGUCUUCUUCUUCAGUUUGGUACGAGCUGAGUUAUCUGGAGGCGAAGGAUAGGGUCAAAAGGGGGGAUAGGGUGUGGCAAAUUGCAUUCGGGAGUGGGUUCAAGUGCAAUAGUGCUGUUUGGGAGUGUGUCUCGAAGCUCGAACCGGAUUCGAGGAACGUGUGGUUGGAUGAGAUAGAUUCGUAUCCUGUUAAGAUCCCAGAUAUUGCCGAUCACUAG